CUGUCGCCCAGCAUGUGGAAGGUCGCAAGGUGUGACAAGGAGCCUCUUAGUGUCUGCCGAAGACCUCGAGUUCCUUCAGCAUCCAGAGGAUGCAGGACAGGGCUCUCCAGGAGAUUUCCCUUACCACUGCCUUCACUGGGGACAUCAGAGAGAGUGAGAGAGAAAGGCGAGGGGAGGGAGAGCAAGUCCCUUUAGACUCUAUUUGCACAUCUGGGGUUAGCCUCUGGCAGUUGAACAAUCUUCCACUGUGGGUUGUUUGACUGGGGUACUCAGGCAAGACAACUCUCUGACACUCUUACACGGUCACAAAGUCAUUCUCUAAUAACUCCAAGGGCUGCCCAGCAGACCAGAAACCUAGGCAAGUCACACCCUGGAAUCUGGACUCUGUCCUUGCCUUGUCUCCUGGCUCAUUUCCUGCACGCUGCCCUCCCCCAGCCAGGCUUUACACCGCAGCCUCUUGGCCUCUACCCUGGACAAGUUGAGCUGAAGGGUGGGGUGGGGCUGAUCCAGCUGGCCCUCGUGCUGUCACCAGUGGACUGCCGUUUGUGCACAGGUUCUCUGCGGCUCAUUCUGGGAUGGUAUGGUACCCUUCUCACUUCUCUUGAGGUCUUGUCUCCCCUCUGCCAUAAGGAGUCUACCGAAGGCAGCACACAUCAGAAACAUAUCCAGCAUGACUGGAGGACUCCAGCCGGCUAGUGUGGUGGUCCUGCCCAGAUCCCUAGCACCAGCCUUUGAAAGCUUCUGCCAGGGUAACCAUGGUCCUCUACCCCUACUCGGACAAAGUGAGCCGGAGAAGACAUUUCCUCAGCUGAGUGCUGUUCCAGACAUAAGGACCAUCUGUCCACAGUUUCAGAAAUACGAGUUUGGCACCUGCACUGGCAUCCUGACCUCACUGGAAGAGUACUCAGAACAGCUCAAGGACAUGGUGACCUUCAUCAUGGACUGCAGCUUCUCUAUAGAAGAGGCCUUGGAACAGGCAGGGAUCCCCAGAAGAGACCUAACAGGUUCCGGCCAUGCAGGAGCAUACAAGACAGCAGUACCCUGUGCCACCAUCGCUGGCUUCUGCUGCCCUCUGGUGGUCACAAUGAGACCAGUUCCCAAGGACAAGCUGGAAAGGCUGUUGCUGGCCACUCACUCCCUGGGAGGACAGCAAGGACAACCCAUCCACAUUGGUGACCCAGAACUUCUGGGAAUCAAGCCACUUUCUAAACCUGACUAUGGGAGUUAUGUGGAGUGUCGGCCCGGGGAUGUCCCAGUGUUCUGGCCUUCUCAUCUGACCAGUCUGGAAGCAGUCAUCGGCUGCAAGGCCCCGUUGGCUUUCGCCAGCCCUCCAGGCUGCACGGUGAUGAUCCCCAGGGACACAGUGUCCCCAGCCAGUCGUCCGACUCCUCAGAUGGUUCCAGAAGUCCACGCCAUCUCCAAAGACCCUUUGCACUACAGCAUAGUGUCGGCCCCUGCUGCUCAAAAGAUCAGAGAGCUAGAGUCCACAAUUGCCACAGACCCAGGUAACCGGGGAAUUGGGCACCUGCUACUUAAAGAUGAGUUACUGCUGGCAGCUCUGUCACUGUCUCACGCGCACUCCGUACUGGUCACCACUGGAUUCCCGACACAUUUCAGUCACGAGCCCCCAGAAGAGACGGAUGGCCCACCGGGAGCUAUCGCUUUAGCUGCCUUCCUACAGGCUCUGGGGAAGGAGGCCGCCAUGGUGGUAGACCGGAGAGCCUUGAACUUGCAUACGAAGAUUGUUGAAGAUGCCGUGAAGCAAGGAGUUCUCAAGACACCAAUCCCCAUAUUAACUUACCGAGGAGGAUCCGUGGAAGAUGCUCGGGCAUUUCUGUGCAAAGAUGGGGACCCCAAGUCUCCUAGAUUCGACCAUCUGGUGGCCGUAGAGCGUGCGGGAAGGGCCGCGGAUGGUAAUUACUACAACGCAAGGAAGGUGAACAUCAAACACUUAGUUGACCCCAUCGACGACAUUUUCCUGGCCGCACAAAAGAUUCCUGGAAUCUCAUCAACUGGCGUUGGUGAUGGAGGCAAUGAGCUCGGGAUGGGCAGAGUGAAGGAGGCCGUGAAGAAGCACAUCAGAAAUGGAGAUGUCAUCGCCUGUGAUGUGGAGGCUGACUUUGCCGUCAUUGCUGGUGUUUCUAACUGGGGAGGCUAUGCCCUGGCCUGUGCACUAUACAUUCUGAACUCAUGCCCAGUCCAUGAGCGUUACCUGAGGAGGGCAACUGGACCUUCCGGGGAAGCAGGGGAACAAAGCUGGAUUCAGGCCCUGCCGUCUGUCGCUAAGGAAGAAAAAAUGUUGGGCAUCCUGGUACAGAACCAAGUUCGAAGUGGAGUCUCGGGCAUCGUGGGCAUGGAAGUGGAUGGGUUGCCUUUCCAUGGUGUCCACGCUGAGAUGAUCCAGAAGCUGGUGGAUGUCACCACAGUGCCCAUGUGACCAGCCUCGUUUGUAUGCAAAGUCCCUGCCCGAUGCCAGCCUUUGGGUAGAGGGAUUGCUCUAACUGCCCUUCAUCCUGGCUCCUUCAGGCCACCCUGUGGUCUGCCCGGAGACUCUUUCUGCCCUUCCCUUGAGAGAUAAUUCUGGAACAGUUAACGGAAGAGCAGACCUAGGGGAGGUGGUGGCACGCACCUUUAAUCCCAGCACUCGGGAGGCAGAGGCAGCUGGAUCUCUGAAUUGAGUACAGCCUGGUCUACAGAGUGAGUUCCAGGGCAGCCAGAGCUACACAAAGAAAUCCUAUCUUUAAAAAAAAAAAAGUAUCACCAUGACCUGGGCUAAUUAAGGAAGGACAGAAGGAUAGAGCCACACACAGAGUGUUGGGUUGAAACACUGGGGCAUGUACUCAUUACCACCAGCAAAACAGUUAUAUCUUUGCAAUACUUUUUUUCCUAAUAGUCAUACAUUUACUGUUUGAAGAGAUCUCCUACAAGAUCCCUCCAGCCAUCACAUCCCACAGUCCCUCGCCCCCAUUCACCCUGAUAUUUCUUACACAAACUUCCUGUCUGCUUAGUCCUACACCUAGUCAAACUCUCUGCCCUCUUUGUGGGGAAGGAUGCCAUAUUUGCCAGUAGAGCCCAAAGGUGAGUCAGACCUCCCCAGGGCUCAGGCACAUGAGUUCAUCCUCAUUUUUCACAACCUCCAAACCUACAUUUCUCAACAAAAUCAGAAACUGAGCCACUGACCAGGCCCCAUUAUACUCUUAGUCCCGACAUCAUGAUGACAUCUCAUGUGGGACCGGAGCCUACUAAGCGUUGUUUCAUGUCUUUACAUGUGUCUGGUGUGGUUCUUCAAGGGGCCUUCGUUGUGAAGGAGCACAUGGUAUAGAUUUUACACUCCAAUAAAGCGUAAGUGUAAAGAGAAAA